AUGGCAGAAAAAGAAGAAGAGAGCAUGGCGUCGAGGUCGGUCUCGAGCUCCUACUCGGAUGACUCGUCGUAUUCCUCCUCCACACGCAGCGACAACAGCAGCAGCGGCAGCGGCAGCGGCAGCGGCAGCUCCACGACGUCCUCCGAGGAAGGCGUGGAAACCCAGACGGGGGCUCGGCGUGCGCCAACGCGGCCUGCGGCUGGUGAUUCGGCAACUUCCGCCGCCACCGCCGUCACAUCGACGCCGUGUUCCGGACUCCGCUCUCUGCAACUGAACCCGGAACUUGUGUUUGAGCAGCCCGAUGCCAGCUGGAUUGACAUACCACACGGCUCUGGUAGUGUUUUUCGUCGCGUCGUAACAAACUACGAUGACUUUCCCGAGAGACGCUACCGUGUCAUUGACUACUUUCGCACCGCCGUAGAAAUGUUCGUCACGCAGGUGCGCCAAGAAUACACGCAUCAGUAUCAGCAGGCAAAGAAAAACGACCGAGCAAACAUUCGCUUCAUCUGGCGAAACAAGGGGGAAUUAGCGAUCUGCUUUGCGGCGUGCUGCGACAUGCUUAAACUUCUCUACGAUAGAUUUCGCCCCGGGCUUGAAAGACCGAACUGGGAUGGAAUUGUAGGUCAGUUUGUUCUUUUUUUGAUGGCUGAGUCCAGGAUACCGGCCGCCGUUUUGACGGAACAGACGUACAAGACCAAAUUUCUUGAUUGGCGGAAGGGCGGUACCCGUUAUCAGGGCGAGCAACUGACAUCAAACGUCCGUUUUCCUUCCGCAGAGGAACGUCGCACAAAGAUCGAGACCUACCUUCGCUCAGGGGAAGGAUACAGCAUAGAAUCAACAGGGGUGGACCUUCCGUCGGUGGUCCGUCCCGUCCCCACGCACGUGAAAAUGACAGAUGCACCGGUUGGGCAGGAAGAGACGCGAAACAACGGCGCAUUUGAUGUAAGUAAUUUGGCUUCUCCCCUUGUUGGCUUUUCACGUGCCAGGCCCCCCGUAAAGAUGCGAAGCAAAUCACACAUGAAACCCCCACAGGCAGUCAUUGCUGGGAAACAAUCUGUAGAAGAAUACAGGCAUUUACAUUGGCUUGCAAAGCUCACCCAAAUCACUGGCUGCUCUCCAACACUUGAAUUUCCGGCUGAGCGGUCUUACAUGAUACUGGCGUUUGUUCGACUUUGCGAAACAUCCGAGAUGCCUGAGCAAUUUGCGACUAUUAUGAAUAUAUUGGUUAGGUCUAGUCUAACGAUUCAAAGCGCAUUUGAGCGGGGUGGGGGUAUGGUGGUGCUGCGUCGAUUUGUAGGCACACUGGUUCGGCUGAAAGAUGCCUGUGGGUUGAUAAAUUUAUUGGAGCAAAUACUGCGACUGAAACUUUCUUCUUGGAGCCACAGCAGCCAACAGUCGUGGCUUCGGGACCUUUUGGGAAAUAGUGGAAAUGACUUGCGAUGGUUGCGUGCUCUGGACAUAGUGCCGCCAGACAAGCAAGCUACCUGGAGUUCGUUAAUAACGGCGUUGGAGCAACGCUAUGUUCUGUCAAAUUCAAGAGAAGAAGAAGUACGGCGUGGGGCGAAGCGUGCACGAUUAGAUAAUGACGAGGCGUUGCGCAUGUCUAUGGCGGACAAUGUUGGUGUAAGCAAGCUUGCGCCCUAUAUUUCCACUGCCUUUUGCGUCUCAUUACCCGGCGAGUUUUGUGCUCCGCCUCUUUCCUCAGACAUGGAGCAGGACACUAUUUCUUUGUUGAAUAAGAAGCUGCAGUACUGCGAGGAGGCGCAGGUGACGUGGCGUGACGCCAUCUUGAAGGCGCUCGGUGGCAGUUGCCCAGGCAUACCCAUUCCUCUCUGGUACGACCCGUAUCAAUUGCUUGGUGUGGAUCCCUAUCCUGCGAAUUAG